AUGUGUAAUGUUAGCAAGGAAUUGGUGACUGGAGUCCUGCUUUCUUCAAAUGCUCAUGACAUUUGGUCAGCCUUGGAGGAGCGUUUUGACAAGGUAAAUGGAUCUCGUGAAUAUCAAUUGCAUAGGAAAAUAUUUACUCUUACUCUGGGCACAUCCUCUAUAUCAGUAUAUUUUAUUCGAUUGAAAGAUCUAUGGGACGAGUAUGACUCUCUUAUGCCUCCUCCUUGCGGUUGUCCUAAAUCUAAAGAAUUUCUUAAGCAUUUACAACAUCAGAGGCUCUAUUAUUUUCUUAUGGGCCUCAAUGAGGGCUACAACAAAGGUCGUAGUCAGAUUCUAUUAAAGACACGUUUGCCUACUGUAAGCCAGGCGUAUGCUAUGAUUGGUCAAGAUGAAAGUCCGAAGAUAGUCGCGGGAAAUCAGUAUGCUAACACUGGCAUUGGGCCAACUGCUUUUUUUUACAUCACAAGGAGGAGCUACUUCUAA